GGGAGGCGGAAAAUGGCGUCGACGUGAGCGCGAGCCCGCGGCCGCCCAGGGAGUCGCCGCAGUCUCAGCCGGAGCCGCCGCAGCCGCAGGAAUAAGAGGCUGAGCCGGGUCGAGGAUGGAGGAGGAACCCUCGGGGCCCAGCCCGGACAUGCCGGCGGCUGCAGAGCCCAGCUUCAGUGAGACUGAUAAGGAGGUGUUGUCCCCAGUUGUGGCCGCAGCAGCCACCUCCUCUUCCAUGGGGGAGAAGCCAGGCCCUGAACGGGCAGCCACACCCCCAUCGUGGGACCGAGGAGGGCCUGGAGGGAUCCAGCAGGGUGCCCCCUCUGCCCCAGACAGUGUUCAGCCUGGUCCCGGAUCCAGCCUUGGCCCCACCAGCACAGUCUCUGGGACCAGCGAGGACCUGAGGCCUCCCAGACGACGCCAACAACCAGGGAAGCAGAUACCCUGCUCCAGCCCUGGCUGCUGUCUCAGUUUCCCCAGUGUUCGUGAUCUGGCACAGCAUCUGCGUACCCACUGCCCACCCACACAGUCCCUGGAAGGCAAGCUCUUCCGCUGUUCCGCCCUAAGCUGCACCGAGACCUUCCCCAGCAUGCAGGAACUGGUGGCACAUGGCAAGCUGCACUACAAACCCAACCGCUACUUCAAGUGUGAGAACUGCCUCCUGCGCUUCCGCACGCACCGCUCGCUCUUCAAGCAUCUGCAUGUUUGCGCCGAGCAUGCGCAGAGCCCAGCCGCGCCGCCACCCCCAGCCCUAGACAAGGAGCCACCGGCGCCCGAGCGUCCCCCGGAGUCCGACACUGUGUCGGCGCCGGCCCUGCCGUUCCCGCUGCUCGAGCCCUUCACGACCCCCGCCCCUGCCCCCACCGGGCCCUUUCUGCCCUACUUGAACCCCGCGCCCUUUGGCCUAAGUCCCCCACGCCUGCGCCCCUUCCUGGCCGCGGCGCCCGGGCCGCCCGCCUCCAGCGCCGCAAUCUGGAAAAAGAGCCAAGGUGCCGGCAGCCCGCGAAGACCCCAGGGCGGCUCCGACGCGCCCUCAGGAGGGAACACGCUCGGGAGCAAUGGAUCAGCCAGGCCAGACCAGCCAGGGCACGCGGCCCCGAGCCGCAUCGUGUGGGAGCACACGCGCGGCCGCUACUCGUGCAUGCAGUGCGCCUUCUCCACGGCCUCGCGGCCCGCCAUGACACUGCAUCUGGAGGACCACCGGCCCAUCGCCCCCGCGGCCCCGGGGCCCGGGCAGCCGCGCCCCGACGCGCCGGCGGGUAAGGCGGAGGAGCGCUCCGGGGGGGAGGGCGGGGGCCCCGAGGCAAGGGGCGGGGCCGAGGCUCAGGCGCCCCCUCCUCUGCCCCACCCAGACCCGGUCCCGCUUGCACCCAAGGUGUCUCCGCUGCUGUCAGAGGGGGAGUGUCCGGUUUUCUCGCCGUUCUGAA